UCGGGCUUGGGGAAGAAAGGUAGAAAAAACCCUAACGAGUCAGCCUUGUGCAUGAGACUGCGAUGAGCUCCGAAACAGCAAUGGAACCUUCAAAGGGAAUGAAAAUGGCAGCUACGAGCGCUACUGCUAGGAUUAGGGAUUCGGCUACACAAUUCAAAAGGUGGGGGAGAAAAUACCCAUUUCUCAGAUACGGGCUACCAAUGAUUUCACUCACCGUCCUUGGGGCUGGUGGUCUCGCCCACCUCUUGCAAGGCAGUAAAGAUGUGGCAAAGGUGAAAGACGAUCAAGAGUGGGAGAUCAUUGAGACCAGAAAAGCAUUGUCAAGAACCGGACCUGUGAAAAGUUAUGAGCCCAAGAAGAUUUCACUGGAAGAUGAGCUUAAGGCUUUGCAAGAGAAGGUUGACAUAAACAACUAUGAGUAUAAGAGAAUUCCGCGGCCAAAUGAAGGCAAGUCAAGCACAAACUAGUUCCAUUUCGAACUGUUCAUUUUUUAUGGU